GUCGCGAGAUCCAAGUUGACACGGCCCGGACAAGCUGUUAACUGUUCUGAAUUUCCAAUUUUCUUUCAUUUUUGAAGCAAACAAGAACAAUAAAACGAUCGCCAUGGUGUUGAUGACAAUGAUCGCUCGGUUGGCGGAUGGCCUACCGCUAGCUGCCUCGAUGCAAGAGGAUGAACAGUCUGGCCGCAGUUUCAUGGAAUAUCAGAACCAAGCCAAGAUGCUCUUCAAAAAACUCAACCACCAGUCACCGACAAAAUGCAGCAUAGAAAGUGGUCCUAUGGUAUUUCAUUACAUAAUAGAGGUCGGAGUGGUUUAUUUGGUCCUGUGUGAGAAGCAGUACGCCAAGCGGCUAGCCUUUGCCUACCUGGAAGAGUUACAGCAGGAAUUCUACUCGCAGAACAGCAAAAAGGUCAGCACGGUCACCAGACCCUACUCCUUCAUUGAGUUCGACACAUACAUCCAGAAGCUGAAGAAAUCCUACACAGAUACCCGGGCCAGACGGAACAUCGGCCACAUCAACACAGAGCUGCAGGAUGUACAAAGGAUCAUGGUCCAGAAUAUCGACGACGUCAUGCAGAGAGGGGUAGCACUAUCAGAUUUGGACAACAAAGCCAGCAAUCUCUCCUCGUUAUCCAAGAAAUACAAGCAGGACGCCAAAUACCUGAACUUGAGGUCAAGGAACGCCAAGAUUGCCGCAGUCGUCACAUUAGUCGUAAUCUUUCUCAUCUACCUUAGAUAUUGGUGGUUUUAGGAGUAAUAGGCACUUUUCUUUUAAUAUGUACUGUACCUGUAUAUGUGUAUAUAAAUAUUCUAAUAAUAAAAUUUGCUUUGUAAACUGAUUAGCAGGUGGGGAGAUACGUAAGGUGUAUUUCUGAGCAAUGAGGGCGCUACAACAUUUUUGGGUAAAAACACUGAAUCCUGGGUUAUUGAAGGAAUGUACAUGUUUUCCUAAACCAAAAAUUAUCAAAAAAUUAUGUUUAAUUUUCAGAUAUUGGUUCCCUGCGCAAACAAGAGAGGGCGCUUUUUUUCCACUUUUGAGAGCCCAGUGCACGUACUAGUUUUCGUGGGUAUAGCGCGAUGUUCGCACAACUAAUUUUAUUCCAAAUGUGCACAAAAGCCAUUGCGUCUCUGCGCGAGUGUUGGGCGUUGUCGCUAAUGCUUCUAAUGUCUGUAGUCUGUACAAGUGGUCAACCUCACCCCUUACUCUCCCUUAUUUACCAUUGAGGGGGUACUUGAACAUGGAGCCCAUAGAUAAAGCUGCCAAAUUUCUUCAAUAAACAUGAUAUUUCUGCUGUUGGUACCCAGAAAUGGUGUCUUCGCAGUGCUCUUGAUUAAAUAAUUAUGGCCAAUUGGCAGGAUUUUGUGAAUUGUGAUCGCUUUCUGAUGCAAAAUUCAUAACUUCACUUUUGUUGCGCAUCAUGACUUUCUGGGGAGGGGGUGUUGCAAAAGAAUGCUCAAUGGUAGAGACAUCUUUAGAAUGGUUUUAUAGGCUACUAGAAUAUUCACUACAUAUUGCACUAUAGUUGUAUGAGAAAUGGCCCAAAAAAAAGCUAGCUGUCAUCAUGCAAGCUGAAUCGUUGGUAAAACAGGUCACAGGAUUUCACCUUUGCUGACCAAACUUUAAAUCACAACCCACUUGCCUACGACUUCAGUUAAAUAUUGUUUUUAAAAUGAUGAUGAAAUAUCAGCAAAUAUUACUUCUCUUAACCAGAAGUAUCAAAACUGUGCUGAUUGUAUAUAAUCAGGCGGUUGCAAAGGUACAUGUGUUAACUAAUAAGUUCUUCAUUAAAACAUUUCUUACUUUUCAACAACUUA